AUGAACAACGUCACUACUGAACCUAAAAUUGCUACUAUCGAAACUGUAAUCGUUGCCUCUCAAGAUGAUUCACCUCCGCCUUCGCCUCCGCCAUAUUCAGCCUUUUCACCGGCACGAAGGAGGUUUAUUCUGGGUGUCGUUACAACUGCAGGGUUCUUUGGUCCUCUUUGCGGAGCUGUAUACCUUCCUUCCAUUGUUCUUUUCCAGGAUAUCUUUCACACUUCGGCGACGGUGAUCAAUGCGACGGUGUCGGUUUACAUGACAAUUUUUGCCAUAUCACCUCUCUUUGGUGCAGCAGCAUCUGAUUAUGGAGGUCGCAAAACCGUCUACAUAUUUGGUCUUGGGAGUUUCCUCAUUGCAAACAUUCUGCUUGCGUCUGUUCCUGCAAACAUCGGCGCUCUUUUUGUACUGCGAAUCUUCCAGGCUUUUGGCUCCUGUAUCGUCUUUUCAGUGGGAGCUGGAACUGUAGGUGACAUCACCGAGCCAAAGAAUCGAGCAUCAGCACUCGCCUGGUUCCUUCUUGGGCCUCAGCUAGGACCGAUACUCGGACCUUUGCUUGGUGGUCAAUUUGCGGAUAAGUCGAGAUGGAGGUGGAUAUUUGGCUUUCUUGCUUUGGCAUGUGGGCCGUUAUAUCUCUUGAUUAUUUUCUGCUUACCUGAGACUUUGAGAUCUUUGGUAGGUAACGGCCAGACGCUCGCAAACCAGCCGUGGGUUUCAUUUCCUCGGCUCCAACAAAAGCCUAUCGAAGACCUUGAUGGGAAGAAAUUUCCCAAGCCACCACGCCCGACAUUGAAGAAGUUUUUGCAGUUGCUGAAAUAUCCUCCCCAUAUGAUAGUUUCCAUAAAUGGGGCACUUCAAUUCGCAGGACUGUACGCCAUAUAUAUCACGUUUCCGACCGUCUGGCAGAAGAACUUUGGCUUCUCUGCAGCUGAGGUCGGAUAUGCAUAUCUCUGCCCUGGAAUAUCACUCUUCGUUGCCUCGAUUUUAAUAGGCCGUCUUUCGGACUUAAUGCGGGCGAAAGCCGUGAAGAAUAGCCCGGAUGGAAAGGUUGCUCCAGAGCGUAGAAUCCCCAUUCAAAUAUUCGGGUUUAUUAUUGCUGCAACCGGAAAGCUCAUGUAUGGCUGGUUCACUAGGUACCACAUACAUCCCGUUUCAGGGUUGUCUGGGGCCGCACUAGCAUCCAUCGGCACUGCUGUUAUCUUUGUGACAAGUACUUCAUUCCAGACUGAAUGCGAUCCUUCGCAAACAGCAAGUCUGGUGGCACUAGGAGGAUUGCUACGAAAUAUCGCAGCUGCAAUUGGUGCUGUUAUCAUAGAGAAGCUAGUCGAGAAGAUGGGUUACGGCUGGUGCAUGACUGGGCUCGCUGCUCUUGAUAUCCUCUGCAUCCCUGGAAUCGUGCUGAUAAUGGUAAGAGGACAAAAGUACCGAGAAAAGUUGAACAAAAAGCUACAAGGAUGA